AUGAAUAUGAGCGACUCAGACACGGCUUUAGUCCCCUGGGAGACUGUCAACGAUGAGUUUUUUGGAUCUCAGUGUGACUCGACCGCCCCGCAGAUAACAUCGCUGCUCUCGGCUUGCUCGUAUCCCGUGCCCCAACAGAUCAGGAGACAACGAAAUGCCCAAUUCCCACUUCUUGGUGGAAUCAUACCGGAAAACCAACUGCUUCUUUACAAUAACGACACCCAACCGGCUGAACCGGCAGUAAAGUCUCUGAAACGCACUCGCAGCGACGUAGAUAAGCGCGGCUCAACAUCACUCACCAAAAGGGGUCGACCGCGAAAAGUAGUCGAUGACACCGCAGAUGAAGAUCCAGAAGAGAGACGUCGGAGACAGAUCCGACUUGCGCAACGCGCAUAUCGCUCACGAAAAGAGGCCAACCUCUCGUCUUUGAAAGGUCGCAUCUCCGAACUCGAAGGCAUCGUGGAAAAAAUGAGUACGGCUGUUUUAUCGCUCAGUGACGAGCUGGUUCAGUCAGGAGUGUUGGCAUCACAUGCGGGUCUGACAGAGCACCUGCGCGAUACCGUACAGACAUGUCUCACCCUAGCCAGAGAGGCUAGCAAUGAUAGCCCUCAGGAGGUUACGAUGAUUUCGCCACCCCAAACCGAAGAUGGCUUGCCGGAUUUUCUGGCGCAUGAACAGCACAGACAAUCAGCACAGAUUGUGGAACUGGACGAGAGCGUUUCCCCCAUCUUAGAGCCUAGUCUACAGCUGGAGCUUAGGGAGACGCGGAACAGAAACAUUCCUCGCUUCUUCGAGUCACUUGAAACAGCCGAAAUGGACUUGACUGUGUUCACAGAUAGACUCCACAUGUCAUGUGUCUAUCAAGGGUGUUUCGCCCUUUGUGACGAAUCCAUCAGUAUAGACCGGAUACGGAAGCAUUUCUGCCUACUACUUCAGAUUAUGGACAGGAAUCGUAUCGCGUCAUAUUUUCAAGCCGCGCUCAAUGAGAAAGAGAGUCGAAGAUAUUUUGAGGAGUGGGAAGAGGUACCCUUCUUCAGUCUGGGGGGCGCAGGAACCCAUUACUCUCGAUCUUCCCUGAAGUGUAAAGCAGCUGAUCGUCCAUUCCGGCCUGGAGUGCGGUGGGUUUCCGUGCGAUCACUAUCGCACUUUCCGCAAGAUAUACAGACCAAGCUUGAAGGGGACUGGUUCGACAUGGGUGACCUGGAAGGAUACCUGCGGGAGCAUGAUGUACAUCUUCUCGCAUAUCCUCCCAUGGAUCACGCGCGCCAUCGCCUCAAGGGAACAGCGAUCAAUGCAGCACGUUUCAUACAGGCACUGUCCGCAAAUGCAAUAUGCCUUGGUUGGACGCCGGGUUUCCGUCGCCGUGACGUGGAGAACGCUCUCCAGACCUGUUCUGAUUUUUCAUACAUCUCGGAGGAUGCCUCUGGGUCACCGGACAUCUCUUUUGCGGGCUUUAGCGAGCGACUUGCAAGACAGACCAUUGAAGCAUAA